AGAGUCGACUACAAUGAGGGUGUGCUCAUUGUACACUGCCCAAACCUUGGCCACGAGAUCCUCCCAGAACUGUUUGAUGUGAUGAGGCAUGCAGAAAAAUCAUACCCAAAGAAAUAUCACGACAGUACAAUCAUCCAGGGCGGGUCAACGACCAUUGAUCUGGCAGCUGGUUCGAAAUCACCUGAUUUCAGCCUGUAUGAAGUAAAAGAAAGUAGCGGGCAGGCGCAACAAGGGACAAGUGGGAUCCCUACGGUUGCCUUUGAAGUAGGCUACUACGGGGAAGGGGAAAAGAAAUUGGCCUUGGAUGCCGGCCGACUUAUAUGCCUGUCCAAAGGCAUGAUACAAUUAGUGGCCACGAUCAACAUCGAUCACGAGAAGGAAAAGAACGGAAUACGGAAACUGAAAUCCGUUAUCUGGACCCAUUGGGAGAUGGAUCCAGGGUAUCCUCAGAUUGUUAAAGGGAACGAUACUUAUGAGCUUAACAAGCUCUUGCCUGAAAGAAAUGGAAAGGUUAUGACGGACACGGAGAAAGUCCAACCAACACCCGAUGCCUACAGAGCAGUAGUGAGUUUUGCCAAGACACCCUAUUGGGUCAGAGCCCAGCAGUCAAAUACAUACAAGGUAUCUAACCCAGUUAUUUUGCGAAUUCAAUCUGCUGACUUCAAGGACCUGGAGCUCUUUCCAGAUCAAGGGGUCAAGUCUAUCCCGAUCCUGUAUCGUCAUUUGUUCCGUGACCCUCAGGAGAAAGACCGGAAAAGCUCUGCAUUUACCUUUCAAACUGUGGAUAUCAUGGCUACAAUUCAUAGCCAUGAGAAUAUUCAGCGCGAAAUAAAUGGCAAAAACAAGAAGACACAACAAGAUGUGGACUCAAUUGACGAGGAGCAGCUUGAAAGGUUAAAAAGGCGUCGUUUUGACCUGCAAUAG